CCGUGUUCCGGUGUCUUGCUCUUGGGCCGCAUGCGCAAUAAUUGUGUUGUCCGAAGCGUCGGUUUGUGGGGGAUUCGGACUCGAUACGAAACGGCGAAUCGGCAGCUGCGGGAAUGGAGUCGGUGGCGCCAGCCCCUCCUGCAACCACCAACCUGUUUCAGCCACCUCGCAGGCCAGGUCUUGGCACUGUAGGAAAGCCUAUACGUCUGCUAGCCAAUCACUUCCAGGUUCAAAUCCCGAAAAUUGAUGUUUACCAUUAUGAAGUGGACAUUAAACCAGAGAAACGCCCCCGCAGAGUUAACAGAGAAGUGGUUGAUACCAUGGUCCGACACUUCAAGAUGCAAAUUUUUGGAGAUCGGCAACCGGGUUAUGAUGGGAAAAGGAAUAUGUACACUGCAAAUCCGUUACCAAUUGGCCGAGAGAGGGUUGACUUGGAAGUGACCCUUCCUGGGGAAGGCAAAGACCAAACCUUCAAGGUCUCCAUACAAUGGGUUUCGGUCGUCAGUCUACAGUUGCUGUUAGAAGCUUUAGCAGGACAUCUUAGUGAAGUUCCUGAGGAUUGUGUGCAAGCACUUGAUGUUGUCACAAGACACCUCCCCUCAAUGAGGUAUACUCCAGUGGGUCGAUCCUUCUUCUCUCCUCCAGAGGGUUACUACCACCCAUUAGGUGGAGGUAGAGAAGUCUGGUUUGGUUUUCAUCAAUCUGUCCGACCUGCCAUGUGGAAUAUGAUGCUAAACAUUGAUGUGUCUGCAACAGCAUUUUACAGAGCUCAGCCAGUAAUUGAGUUCAUGUGUGAAGUACUAGACAUUCAGAACAUCAAUGAGCAAACCAAACCACUGACUGACUCUCAGCGUGUAAAGUUUACCAAAGAAAUAAGAGGUCUGAAAGUGGAGGUGACUCACUGUGGACAGAUGAAAAGGAAGUACAGAGUAUGUAAUGUUACCCGACGGCCGGCCAGUCACCAGACGUUUCCUCUGCAACUGGAAAAUGGGCAAGCAAUGGAAUGUACAGUGGCACAAUAUUUCAAACAAAAAUAUAAUUUGCAGCUUAAGUAUCCUCACCUACCUUGUCUACAGGUAGGACAAGAGCAGAAGCACACCUACCUGCCACUUGAGGUAUGUAACGUUGUAGCAGGGCAGCGCUGUAUCAAGAAACUAACAGACAAUCAAACGUCAACAAUGAUCAAAGCAACAGCACGAUCAGCGCCCGACCGACAAGAGGAGAUUAGUCGUCUGAAUGAAGUCUAG